AUGGAUACCUCAGCAUUUGUGAAGCAGUUGGGUUCCAAUAGCAAGCCCAUCAGGGAUAAUGCUUUAGAGAAACUUCAAAAGUACUUAACAUCCAAGCCGGCAAAGCAGUCGAAGCAGAUGCAGUACAACAAGUUGUGGAAAGGUCUUUAUUUUGCCAUGUGGUUCAGCGAUCGUCCAAGACCACAACAGAGACUAGCUAACGAGCUGGCGGAAUUGCAUAUGCUCUACCUGCAAGACAAGAACAAGAAUAAGGAUGACGAUGAGCUGACAUUAAACGAUCAAGCAUUCAUCAAGUUCAGCCGCGCAUUUUGGAAAAUCAUGGUAAUGGAGUGGCUUCAAAUUGACAGGUACCGUUUGGAUAAGUACUUAUUACUUAUGAGAAGAGUUCUGUACAACCAACUAAAAUACUUACAAUCAAGAGAUUGGUCCUCCAAAUUAGUCGACACUUAUUUGGAAAAAGUGAUGAAACGCAUACCAUUAAGCGGAUCACCCAAAGUGUCCAAUGGUAUCCCAAUACACAUUAUGGAUAUUCUUUUAGAUGAAUGGCAAAGGCUUUUUGAAGGUGAACAACAAUCACAGUUUGUUGAAUUGCUCAGUGAAACGCCUUUGAAAUCAUUUUUAGCAAUUUUCAAAGAAUUGUUGUCCAAUGUAGAUAACAGUAAGGUGCUAAGAAACAAGAUUAAGAGAGAUUUUCUGAGAGAUGAGAGAUGGGGCCAAUGGGGGAUUGACGUUGGAUUGCCCAAGAAAGCAGACAAAGACGGAGAAGAAGAAGACGACGAUGAGGAAGAAGCUGAAGAGUGGCAUGGAUUUUAG